CAACAUUGUCAACCACUUGUCCCACCAUGCCGCCGACGCCGCUCUUCCCCGAGGCGGGGCCGAGCAACGCCCAUCUGAGGCCGCACCUCGUCGAGCUCAUCCCGCAGGAGCAGCUGCGGCUCGUCCUUCACCCCGUGUUCCGAUAUGUGUUGACUUACUUGGCUCACCACUACCCACGAUACUUUUUGCGCAUCGUCAACCGGCACGAGGAGGCGUUUGCGCUCGUGCUCCUGCUCGUUGAGCGGCAUCACUUGUGGAAGCAUGACGCAUCGCUCUCCGAGUUCUUCUACCAGCUCCGCCUGGUGCCGGACCACACGCCGACGCCGCGCCUCAGCAGUGUGCAUCCGACGACGACGCCGCGGCUCUCGAACCGGCAGCGGUGGGGGAUGCUGCUCAUCCUCGUGGGCCUGCCGUACGUCCGUGCGCGCGCCGACGACGCGUACGACCGCUGGUCGACGCAAAACGACCCCGAAAUCGCGCUCGCAGACCAGGGCCCGCCGCUGAGCCGCGCACAGCGCCUCUUCGUCUCCCUCUACCCGUGGCUCAGCACGGGCUUCGAGGCCACGCUGCUGGCCUACGACUUCGCGUACCUGUUCGACAAGACGCCCUACUUUCGCCCAUGGAUGCGGUGGCUCGGCGUGCACGUCGAGCGGCGGCAGGACGCGGAAGACCCGAACGCCGCCCAAAGCCUGCUCGCCAAGCUCCCGCCGCUCCUGCCCCCGCUCCUCCUCAUGCUCAAGUUCGCGCAGUGGUGGUACUCGCCGACGUCGCCGCGCUCGCUGCCCACCACGCAGGCCAGUAAGAGCAUGCACACGAGCGUCCUCCCGCCCCGCCCGCUGCCGAUCUCGCCGGAGAGCGGGCUCCUCUCGCCACCCGGCACGCCUGCCGAGGACGGCGCGGUGGGAUACACCAUCGGCGCGGCAGAGUUCGGGCACUGCCCCAUCUGCCGCAACAAGUGGCAGAACGCCGCCAUCCUCCCCUCCGGCUGGGUGGUGUGCUGGCGCUGCGGGUGGGACGCGAUCACGGGCGAGGGUGAUCUCGGCGAGGCGGGGAAGGGCAAGUGCCCAAUCACGGGGGUUGCGGUACACCAGAGCGAGCUGCGGCGUGUGCUUGUGUAGUGAGAGUGUGGAGUGUGUGUUGGAGCGCAAGCGUGGCGGAGACAGACAAUACAUGUGCAUGGAUACGGUAC